AUGCUGUCCAUGACCAUGUUCAUUCUCGCUUCGGCUGCCACUCUAGUCAACAGCCAAUUUGACCCGAAGUCAGUUCCCUAUGCUACAAGAGAGGCCUGGUGUAACUCCCAAACAUCUGCGUGUCCCAUCCUCUGCCUACAACUCCCAGGAGCUUCAGGUACACCAACGUCAAACACCUGCUCACCUGACACACUACUCUACUACUGCCUAUGCAGCAACAAUGUAACCCCCAACGCCAGCGAAUAUUCCCAAACAAUCCCCUACUACACCUGUACGGAAACCAACAGUCAAUGUGUUCUGAAAUGCAACGGUGACUCCACUUGCCAGAAUGACUGCAGAGUAAAGAACCCCUGUGGAGCGCAGGAUCCAAAGCGUGUUAAUGUGACUACUACCGCCAAAGCUACUACUGCUACUGCAUCAGAGACCCCUGUCAAUACUCUUGUCAAUGGGGCUACUGCUGCUGCUCCGCGCAUGGCCUCGGUUGAUAUGGGUCAUGUCUAUGGACUUUGUGUUUUGGUUGGUGGGUUUGUUGCCGGCUUUGCUACUCUCUUGUAG